CGUUACGCCGGUCAGGCCAGGCGACCGUGGAGAGGGGGUAAUAUUCGAAGUCGCUGAGGGCACGGACGUGAUUUGGCGGCGUUGUGGCGCUAAGCGGCUUGAAUCAGCCACCAAGAGGCCGCCGUGGAUAUCCUAUUGACAACUCCACAACAUUUAGUUGCCAUGCCAUACAAAUAUCGUCGCCCCAGAACCCCAACGAUUCCGUGACAGGCACCGAAACUCCACAAUUAGGAAUAUUACGCACACUACAACCAAAACCUCCGAUCACUGAUUCGAAUUCAACGGGCGGGCCACGGGUUACGAUGCGUUGGGACGCCGCCUAUCGAACUACAUAUGACUCUCGUUCCGAGGUUUCACAAAGAACGUCCCGUGCCUUGAAUCCGAAACCGCCGGUCACAGCCCCGACAAGUGGAUCACAAUCUCGAGACCCCGGGAUAACGCCAAGUAAAGUUCUGAGUACACAGCUCAGUGCUGGGGCUUUUGUUCCCAUCAAUACUGAAGCCAACUCCUCUACGCCUCCUAUCGGCCAGCUCCAAGCGACAAAGCCUCAGGUUUCCCAAGUUCCAACUCCCGAUAUUCCACCUGCAAAUACGAAGAUUUUUAGGAGAUCACACUUAGGAACACUCUACAGAUCAGACUCGGCGACAGUCUACUUAAUACGCGAGCCAUUCUUGGUUAGAUCCCCAGUCAAACCACUAGUCAAACCUCCCGUCAAACCCCCGACCAAACCUCUAUUUCCAUGCAGCAUUCAAAUGCAAACGGGAGAGCCACGAUUUGGCCAGCCGCCGCAUGAGGUCCCCCCAUACUUUCUGAAACGCCUGCGAGAAUUGACGGGAAGCCGAGAUGAGAACCCCCUUAUAUCUAAAUUUCUUAUAAAAGGCCGUUACCUCUGCCCUUGGUGCCAAAGAAAAUAUCAUCGCACCGUCAGUUUUACGGAUCAUCUGGUCUUAAAUCAUAUCAGGUCCCCCGAUCCGAAGGUUGUAUCACGAUCCGAGCUUGACUCUAGCGUCGAUAGCGAUAUAAUCGACUUGACUUCCGAAUCAUAG